GGGUCAUUUUUGGGGCGCACUAACUAUAAAAUCAUAACCUUCCUGUCAAAGUUUGUUUUCAAAAGAAAAAAAAAUCAUAUAGAAAUUGAAGAAAAUUUAGUGAAAAAUAAUUGUAUGAAAAUGCGGGAGAGUAGUGCUCCAGUAUCUCUUCUCAUCCUCAAUUUCUUCCUUGUGAUAUCUGCCACAAAUCACUGGCUACUAACAAAGGAAGGGAAAAUUCAACCACAGGUGGAUUCUCCGUACUUCCUGAGACGUCCCGAUGAUCUCAUUGCUUUCCUCAAUCAGAGUAAGCACCAACAGCAGGUGGACACUCUGUACGCUGAGCUACUUCACAUAAAGACAGAUCUCAGAAUGAAGAUAAAUCACGUUGAUUCCUACACUGUGGAUUUUAUGUAUCAGACAAAGUGUAUUGUUCAGUACUUCCUGCAGGAGAGUGAUCUGCUUAACUCCGUAACCACAAGGAGCUACCUUAGUCGUCUGUAUAAGCCUGACGUGGAUUCCCUGACAUUUGUUGAGGGGGGAAUACCAAAAUGUAGGGACUUUCUGGAGCUUCCAUUCUCCCUUAUGUGUUUUGAACAUCUCGACGGGAUGUACAACCGGAAGAAUCUCUCCAUGAAUGUGGAACAGACCCUCCUGCUGCUCGGAUUGGAGCUGUCAAAUCCCCAUUUGGGGAAUAUGCUCGUGACGAAGCUCAGGCGAGAUCCGUAUGCUUGGAGGUAUCACACCCUUGCGUCGCUGUAUUGGCGCUCAAAGGGAAAUGCAUUGGAGGCCCUUGAGUGUGCACGAAGAGGAGUCUACCUGGCACCGCGGCAGUUCAAAGACAUUGCCCUCUUGAGCCUGGGCACCAUCCUGCAGCGCUCACGAAAGCACGCAGACGCCGUGAUUGUCCUGGGGGCGGCUGUUGAUCAUGCACCAACAGCUGAAAAUCACAUGGCUCUAGCUAAUUCCCUUGUUCUCAUAUCAGAAUUCAAUCGUUCUGUUGUUCACUACGAGGCCGCACGGAGUCUCGAUGCAUCCCUAUCGGACAAAGUGACGCACAUACGGAAUUCAAUGGUGUGCUUCAAGUACAUCAAGAAGCGCCUCCUCAAGAUUGCCGCAAUUCUCGAUGAGAUGUCCGAGAAGCUGAAGCUCUACGAUGAGCGCAAAAAGCUACUGGAGGAAUCGCUGGAGAAGUUGCUGCAGGAGCAAGCCCCACUGGCGUCACGUGGCAACCAGCAGCGUGAUGAGGGAAAUGAUUUGCACCAACGUGGGCAGUAUUGUUCAACACGAUACCCCGCUGGGUCGUCGGAGCCCGUACUCUUCUGUGACUUUGUGUCGGACAUUCAGAUGAAGCUCGAAACGGGAGAUCUCAGUGUGGAUCUCAUCGUGACGUACCUCGAGCACGCCAAUGAGCUCAUUCACACGCACAUGCGUACCAUUGGGGUAUUUGAGCAACUCAAUGUUGACAACAUUGGGGAUGAUGACAUUGAGAGUCUCUUCAAUGGCACAGAACUCCUUCCGCCGACUGAUUCCCCAGCGGCUAUACCAUCCACAGGGGGAUCUCCGUAGCUCGUGACUACAGAGCCCUACUUCCCCUAAAAUGUGCCAUUGAGACGGCGUUUGUACAUAAAACAAAAAAACAAAGCAACUAUGCUCAUUUUACUAGUGAAAGAACUGUGAUGUCUCGCGGAUCACACACGCAUUCUCUAUUAAUAUUUUAAGUGUCUCGUGAUUCCCCACCCCCGCCCCCCAAGAGCUGCCUCCUUCCAAUGAAAAUUUAUACCGCCAGAGAGUCCCGCAGAGAACCUAAUUUGAAAGAAAUUAAGAAAAUUAUUAUUUGAGAGGCUGCCCACUGGUGCAAAGCAUUUUACGGCUAUAAAGCACCUUUGUGGUGAAAGUAUGAUAAAGAAGCCCAGAGAAAUGGGAUUUUUAUUUCAAUGAACAGACUGUAGAUCCCAUAUUUCAUUUCUUUUAUUAUUCUUUAAUUUAAUUUAGGCCUGUUGAACCAAAAAUUAAUAAAUUUAAUGAAAUACUCAAUAAAAAAAAAGUCUUUUGGAAAUUUCUUUAAAAAAUAUUUUGCAUUGGUUGAAAGAGAGGAAGAUAAUGGCUCUCCAAAAGGUGAAGAAGAUGAGGCAGUUUUAAUCAUUUAAAAAAAAACUCAAUUUGCUCAUGAAAUCCCAGAAAAUCUUGGGCCAAGACAACUGAUAUUUAUGUAGGAGGACUGUUUAGUUUUUUUUUUUUUUAGUUUAUAUCAAUAGAUGUUCUUAGCCGUAAUCCAAUGUAAUAAAGUACAAAAUGUUCUAGCAAAA